UUUAUGGGUAAAAAAGAACCAACAAAUCGUUCCCCUUCCCCACCUCGAGCCCUCAGUGAUUUGGUCAUCUCUCUUCUCCUGAUAUUUGAUGGCUAAGCUGGUUGGUACAUGCGUCUGCCACAUUAAUCUGUCUAAUGAUCUUAGGUGUUCUCAACUUCCUCCACUUGGUUUUAAGCAUUCAUCAAGAGGCUCUUGGAAUCUUUCUUUUAGUAUCUCAAGACAUCACAAAUCUCUUACAAUAGUGGCUUCAUCGUCAAAAUCCUUAAGCAACAUGUCUACCACCCACUUUGACAAUACGCUACCUUCAAGAGAGGUUCUAGAGAUUUGGCGGAGUGCAGAUGCAGUAUGCUUUGAUGUAGAUAGUACUGUCUGUGUGGAUGAGGGUAUUGAUGAGCUUGCAGACUUUUGCGGUGCUGGGAAAGCUGUUGCAGAGUGGACAGCCAAGGCCAUGAGUGGUUCUGUUCCCUUUGAGGAUGCUCUUGCUGCCAGACUAUCAUUGUUCAACCCUUCUCUGUCCCAACUCCAAGAUUUUCUGGAAAAGAGACCGCCAAGGUAUUGAUGCUUCUUUAGUUCU